AUGUAUGAUAUAUAUAACUCUAAAUCACCGCUGCCAGGACUUCCAGUGGAAUCUAGAGAAAAUAGCGAAAGGGUUCUCCAGAAGGUUCGAGAUUUAUGUGGAUGGAAUCGUCCAUCAUUUCCAGGUUCCCAGCCAACUUCGCUUUGCAGGGAAUUUCUUCCUCUCUUAUUUAGAAACGAUUACGUAGUUUGUGAAAAGUCGGAUGGUGUUCGAGCCUUAUUGCUAUCUGCUUCAGGAUCAAUCUUUUUGAUCGGAAGACUGGAAGAAGUACAUGAAAUAAAAAUGAAGUUGCCCAUUCGUGGCAAUUUAACCGAGUUUCAGCAGUUGACGCUGUUGGACGGAGAAGUUGUAACGGAUAAGGCCGAUAACGGCUCUGUUGUAUACAGGUACUUGUGUUAUGAUGGGAUUUGCAUCCAAAGGCGCCCCUUGAAUAAAAUGAAUUUGUUAGAAAGGCUAGCUUUCGUUUACACAGAUGUUAUACUUCCCUUGAGGCAAAGCAAAAUGGCAAACCUUCAGCAAAAUUUAAACGCUCAAAAAGAUUCUGAUCCUAGAGAAGCGCCUAAUAACCUGGAAAUAUACCUGAAGGAUUUCUUCGACAUCACACAAAUAAAAUAUAUUGAUGACAUUUCUGUUAAGCUACCGCAUGUUUCUGAUGGGCUAAUUUUCACUCCAGUCAACACACCUUACUCGCCUGGGACGUGUAAAACACUUCUUAAGUGGAAGCCGCCUCAUUUAAACACAGUUGAUUUCAGUAUCGAUGUGGUAUACGAUAACACGAAGAGACCCAGAAUAGUGCAACUAUACGUUUCAGAUUCGGGAACACGAGUCUUUUAUAACGAAUUUCUUGCACCUUAUGGCGAGGUGUAUAAGAAAAUAAUAGAAAUGGCACUCACGGAUCAAAUCACACAAAUAAUCGUCGAGUGUUCAUGGAUAACGGACUCGAGAGUCUACACGUUCAUUCCGAAGAUUAAAAGUGAUCCCAAAAAUAGGUUUCAAGCUUCGACGGAGGGGAGAAUAGAUUAUGACUUUGAGAACGGGACCUGGGUGGAAGGAGGCUGGUUUGCGGAGAGGAUACGGGAGGACAAAAACUUGCCGAACCACAUUUCAGUCGUCAGAAGCGUCAAGUCAAGCAUAGAAGAUGACAUCACAUUCGAUAUGCUGGUCGAGGAAGUCGAAAACUUCAAAAGAAACGGAAAAGUGCCAUUAUACACAAAGUGUCCGCUUCCAAAGUCGUAUGAAAUCGUAUAG